AUGGAGAAAAAGCUUUAUUGCAUUUUUGCAUAUGCAUUCCUAAUUACCAUAUCCUUCCAAAUGCUUUCUUCUGAAGCCAAACAACCUAUGAGCCUUGCAACUGAUCAAACUGCCCUUCUUUCACUCAAACAACACAUCACCUCCGACCCUUCUCUUUUACUUUCAACUAAUUGGACCAAUUCGAGCUCCGUCUGCAACUGGAUUGGCGUCGCUUGCAGCUUGCGCCACCAAAGAGUAGCUGCGUUGAAUCUCUCCAACAUGGCUCUCUCCGGCACCAUUCCACCACAGCUCGGACACCUCUCCUUCCUCGUCUCCCUCGACCUCACCAACAACCUUUUCCAUGGAGAUUUGCCUCAUGAGCUGUCUCUCCUUCGCCGUUUGAAGUUCAUAUCUCUCCGACUCAACAACUUUGGUGGAGACUUCCCUCCGAUAUUCAGUCAGUUACCAAAACUAGAGUACUUGAAUUUACGCAACAACAGCUUCAUAGGUUCCAUCCCAAAAUCGCUCUCAAACCUAACAAACCUACAAUUUCUUGACUUAACUUCCAAUUCUCUAAGUGGAGAAAUUCCAAAAGAGUUUGGAAGACUUCAAAGUCUACAGUAUUUGGGGGUUCAGUCCAAUCGUCUAUCCGGUGCUAUACCAUCAACCAUAUUCAACUUAUCGACUCUUGUAGUUCUAGCAUUCAUGAGAAACAAUGAACUGAGUGGAAGUCUUCCAUCAGACAUGUGCCGUAAUCUUCCAUCUCUUACUGGGCUUUAUCUUUCUGAUAAUCAGCUGAGUGGUGCGAUUCCCACAAAUCUAUCCCAAUGUUCACGGCUUGAGAUUUUGGGCCUUUCUUACAACUCUUUUAAUGGGCAGAUACCUUUAGAAAUCGGUUACAUAACAUCUCUUCGGGAUUUAGCUCUUGGUGGUAACAACUUGAACGGAAUACUACCACAUGAGAUUGGCAAUCUUCAGAGCCUGGUUACGUUUGCUGUUGAAAAGAAUGAGAUUACGGGCUCAGUUGAUUUCAGUAUUUUCAUGAAUAUGUCUUCUCUGCAAAACAUAAAUCUAGGGACCAACAAAUUCACGGGGAACCUUUCAAGGGAUGUCGGGAAUAUUACCAUGCUAACAAAUUUACACCUCACGGAAAACUAUUUUACAGGGCUUAUUCCCUCUGAAUUUGGCCAACUUUACCAUUUGGAGACAUUAGUACUACAGUUGAACAGCUUGAGUGGUUUGAUUCCACAAGAGCUCUUUAACAUUUCAACUCUUCGGAUUCUUUCACUUGUUAAUAAUGCUCUGUCAGGGGUUCUUCCAACGCAUUUAUGCCAUGCCUCUCCCUUUCUUAAAAGAUUGUUUCUUGGCAAUAAUUCCAUGAGUGGAGCAAUACCCAACUCUAUCUCGAACUGUUCUCAACUCACAAUUCUCUCACUUGCUGGAAACAAAUUUAGUGGUUAUAUACCUACUGAUCUCGGCAAACUAAGGCAUCUCCAACGUCUUUCUCUGUUCAGCAACAAUCUUACCCAGACACCGUCUUCUUCCUUCAUUACUUCAUUGACAAAUUGCAGGUUUCUAACUGAUUUGUUAAUUGCUGAUAAUCCUCUAUACGGUGUCAUUCCAGCUUCCGUUGGGAACUUAUCUUCCAUGCUUCAAGUAUUCGCUGCCAGAAACUGCAAAUUUAGUGGCAACAUUCCUAUUGAAAUAGGCAAUUUAAGCAAUUUGGUGACAUUGGCUUUGCAUGUCAAUGAGUUAUCCGGUAAUAUUCCACCAACUAUCAAACAUCUGCAUGAACUUCAAGGAUUAAUUCUGUCUAAUAACAUGUUGGGAGGCUCAAUUCCACAUGCUAUAUGUGAUUUAUUCAGCCUAAAUACAUUUGUUAUUAGCAGGAAUCAAUUUUCAGGUCCGAUUCCGAAAUGCUUGGGAAAUGUCUCUUCUUUGAGAGAUCUCUUUCUAGACUCCAACAUGUUGAAUUCAAGCAUACCUUCAAGCUUAUGGGGCCUAAAAGAUUUGAUCAAGCUAGACUUGUCCUCGAAUUCAUUGAAUGGGUUCUUACCUAAUGAGACUAGAAGGUUCUAUUCCUGUGUCUGUGAAAAGCAUGAUCAGUUUGGUAACUCUUGA